AUGUCUUCCAAAACAGAAUUGCCAGAAUACGCUGAAGUCACUUUGCCUCGCGAAGAGGUAGAGAAACUCUACAAAAUCAAGAACAGAUACGAGACCAACAAGAAGAUUGCCAAACUCGGUUUGGGAGUGUUCUUGUUCUUCGUCGCCUGUCUAGUUUUGAAGUCCGGUUCUGUUUUUGGUAGUGCUAAGUCCUUGACCCAUCCCCGCCACCCACAUGCCCACGGAUUCCAUGGCGACAGCGGUCCUUCAUCGGAAUUCGAACACAUGCGCAUCAUGGACAAGGAGCACAAGCCAUUCAAGAAGUGCAAGGGAGCGAAAAUAGGCCGGUAUGCUGCUCAAGCGCAACAAAAACACCAAGUUGCUGAGGGUGAAGUGCAAAAGACUGAACAUGAGUUGGAUGUUGAGGAGCACAACCCCCAUCAGAGACCACACUCUAAGGGAAUGAAGUCGACGGGGCACAAGAAAGGCAAGUUCUCCAAAAAGAAGCAGAACAUGCAUCUUAAGGAAGAGAUAGAGGAAAAGAUGGAGAAGGAGCCAAAGGACGAGGAGGAGAAGAAGAAGAUCGAGGUCGUUGAAAAGCAGCACAGAGAGAAACAUCGGAGACCAGCUCGCGUUCAGGAGGAAGUUCUCGAGGAAAGCUCCGAAUCGGAAUCCGAGAGUGAGAUGGAAAACUAG